CUUACUUCCAGCUGCACUUCCUGAACUGAGCCUUGAAUGCAGAGUACUUCCUGAAAGUGACUCGGUUCCUCAUCAGCCCGACUAGCAGUGAAAGAGUUAAUCCGCACUGACAAGGCUACACCUAAUAAGGUGUUCCACAGUCCUGGGAGGCGUCAGCUUUGCUCACAGUCCUCCAGCAAGCAGGAAGCAGCAAGCCGUCAAGAUGAAGAAGUCUCAGUCGCCUCUGUCUAAGCAGCAGUCCACGCCAUGCUUGGGGAGAGAUGUGCCGCGGAUUUUCCAGAGACUGUCCAUGAAUGAAAUUGAAGAGAGCGUCCGCCUGAUGGCAGAGAAGGUGUACGCCUCUGCCAUCAGAGAGGAGGACAACAAGGGCGCUCUGGCGCUGUUCACCGUGCCAGAGGACUGCCCCAUCGGGCUGCUGGAGGACAGGGAGAGGGCCCUGCAGAAGGAGCUGGCGGAGCAGCAGUCCCAGGAGUCCAUCAAAAGGAGAAAGAACUUCUUGCUGAAACGUUCGCAGUCGGUCUCUCUACAAAUACCAGAGAGCUUCGACCGGACCCCGUCUGAGGUUUCACCAAUUCCCACCCCGGUUGAAAUUGAAAGUUGUCCCCCUGUGAGCUUCCCAGAGUACCAGAGAGUGACCAUCAGUGGGGAUUACUGUGCAGGGAUCACUGUGGACGACUACGAACAAGCCACUAAGAGUCUGCUGCAUGCGCUCAUCGCUCGAGAGAAGUACUCCAAACUGGCCUACCACCGCUUCCCGAGAACCACAGCACUCUUCCUCCGCACAGCUCAAAAUGAGAAGUGGCAAGAGGAGGAUGAAGUCCUGCCAGACAUCAAGCCCUUCCCUCAAGAUGAAGACGUGUACUCCAUGGAGAAUAUUCCUGAGAACACAAACUACGUUCUCCAGCUGAAGGAUGGAAUCGUUCAUGUCUAUGAGAACGAGGAGGCCCUAAAAAACAACCAACCUCAUAAACUUCCAUACCCUGACCUGGAGACCUUUGCUAUAGACCUGAGCUAUGUACUUGCUAUGAUAGCAGAUGGUCCAACGAAAACAUACUGCCACAGACGCCUUAACUUCUUAGAGUCCAAGUUCUACCUCCAUGAAAUGUUGAAUGAAAUGGCCGAGCUGAAGGAGCUCAAGUGUGUUCCCCACAGAGACUUCUACAACGUUAGAAAGGUCGACACGCACAUACAUGCUGCUGCAUGCAUGAACCAGAAGCAUCUGCUGAAGUUCAUAAAGCAAACAUACCACACAGAAGCAGACCGCAUUGUCAUGGAAAAAGGUUCUCAGAAGUUCACCCUGAAGCAAGUCUUCAAAAACCUCAACAUGGAUCCGUACGACCUGACCGUGGAUUCACUGGACGUGCACGCUGGCCGACAGACUUUUCACCGCUUUGAUAAGUUUAACUCCAAGUACAACCCUGUGGGAGCCAGCGAGCUGCGGGAGAUCUACCUGAAAACCGACAACCACAUCAACGGAGAGUACUUUGCACGUCUCAUUAAGGAAGUUGCUAAAGACCUGGAGGAGAGCAAGUACCAGCACGCCGAGCCCAGACUGUCGAUCUACGGACGAUCCCCCAGCGAGUGGGAGAGCCUGGCAACAUGGUUCAUCCAGCACAAGGUCCACUCACCGAACAUGAGAUGGAUGAUCCAAGUUCCCAGGAUCUAUGACAUCUUCAGAUCAAAGAAAUUGAUUCCCAACUUUGCAAAGAUGCUGGAGAACAUUUUCCUCCCUCUUUUUGAAGCUACUGUCAACCCUCAGAAGCACAAAACCCUCCACGUGUUCCUACAAUACGUCACAGGGUUUGACAGCGUGGAUGAUGAAUCCAAACACAGCGACCACCUGUUCUCCUACAAAAGUCCCACGCCUGAGGACUGGACCCAAGAUGACAACCCCCCCUACACCUAUUACCUCUUCUACAUGUAUGCAAACAUCAUGGUGCUCAACAACCUGAGAAGGGAGAGAGAAAUGAACACGUUCAUGUUCCGACCCCACUGCGGGGAGGCCGGCUCCAUCACCCAUCUGGUCUCUGCCUUCCUGACAGCCGACAACAUCUCCCACGGACUCAACCUCAAGAAGAGUCCGGUGCUGCAGUACCUGUACUACCUGGCCCAGGUCCCGAUCGCCAUGUCCCCACUGAGCAACAACAGCCUGUUCCUGCAGUACUCAAAGAACCCGCUACGCGAGUUUCUGCACAAAGGCCUGUGUGUGUCUCUGUCCACGGACGACCCCAUGCAGUUCCACUACACCAAGGAGCCCCUGAUGGAGGAGUAUGCCAUAGCGGCUCAGCUGUGGAAGCUCAGCACUUGUGAUCUGUGUGAGAUUGCAAGAAACAGCGUUCUGCAGAGCGGCCUCUCACAUCAGGAGAAGAAGCACUUCCUCGGCUCAAACUACCUCCAAGACGGACCGGAGGGCAACGACAUCCGGCGCACCAAUGUGGCUCAGAUCCGAAUGACGUACCGCUACGAGACUCUGAGGAACGAACUCAGCUUUCUGGUGGACGCUGUGAAGACGGAGGAAGCUCAGCAGGCCUGAAAGUGAAGACAGCACUAAACAAACAGGGAUAACGGCACAGGCUGGGCAGCACUUUCACUUUUUAUUUUUCAGCGUAUUCCUCUGAAUGUUCUGGUUUAGUACUGGUGGUCCAGGCAGUUGUGUCUCUUUUUUCCUUCCAUGUUUUUCAUGUUCUCGAUGGUGCCACUCAGCUCCAGUAGCUUUUACAUCGCAACAUUUGAAUUCCCCUGCUGGGAUUGAUAGAGUAUUUUUGCAUUAAAUUUGGAUCAGUUUAGUGAUUAACAUACUUGUGUUUUGUGUGGACUAGUCAGUAGAGGUUUACCUACUGCUAAAUGCACAUGAGGACUUGAGGAUAUCAGACAGUAUCUAAGGUGCAGGGUUCUUUUUUUCUGCCUCUUUUGUAAAGAACAAGGACUUUAUCUGAUCUAACAGACAGUUAUAAACUGAAGGCCAACAUAUGAAGUCCUAUUGUGCUCACAUUGGUUUACAUGAUUUCAGCUGAAGUUUAUGGGGGGUCAGCCAGAGAACUGCAGACUAGUGAGGUGUUACAGAUCAAAAAGUGCAUUUUUAGAGACCAUUUCUGUGUUUUAGGCUUCAACUUAUUCUCCUAAAGUGCUAUGAAACUGUUGCUAAUAUAUAUUUUUUAGAUGUUUGUAACUUUUAAGUUUUUCAUACUGUACUUGCAAUAAAGGCCACACAACAGUUGGAAACAUCAAA